UCGUUCUGCAGGUGUUUUUCAGGUUGAAUCACAUGAAGUUCAGUCAGUAACGUUAAUGCUGGGAGACUCUGUCACUCUGGACUGUAAUGUUUCUGAAACACAGCUGAAGAAUGAUAUCGAGUGGAGGUUUGACAUUGACAACAGUCGCAUAGUUUACACAAUUAAGGGCAAUCCAAAGUAUGAUAAUGACAGAUUCAAAGACAGACUGAAGCUGGAGAGAAACGGAUCUCUUACCAUCAACGGGACCAGAACCACAGACACUGGAGUCUAUAAAUUUAGGACCAUUAUCAAUAACAAGGAGUUAAUAAAGAUGUUCAGUGUUACUGUUUAUGCUCCUCUACCCGUUCCUGUGAUCUUCAGUGACACUUCACAAUGUUCUGUAUCGGCUGAAAGAUCAUCAAGGAUCGUCCUGUGUUCAGUGUUGAAUGUGAGUCAUGUGACUCUCUCCUGGUACGCAGGAAUCAGUGUAUUGUCCAGCAUCAGUGUGUCUGAUCUCAGCAUCAGUCUCUCUCUUCCUCUGGAGGUGGAAUAUCAGGAUAACAACACUUACAGCUGUGUGAUCAACAAUCCUGUCAGCAAACAGACCAAACACGUCUGCAUUACGGAUCUCUGUCGUUUGUAUACAGAUGACGUCAGUUGUUGUGAAAGCACUGAAGCUGUGAUCCGAUUGGUCGGCACUGCUCUGGUGGGUCUGGCUGCUGCGGCUGCUUUCAUUGUGCUGGUUUAUGACAUCAGAUCCAGAAGAGCUGAACAAGAGAGACAUCAGACCCUCAAUGAUGGAUCUGAUACUCUAAAACAAGAUUAAGCAGUCUUUUUUACUUUUUAAUUUGGUGCAAUCUUUUU